CUUCGGCUCUCCGCUCCCCACCCCCUCUCCUCCCCCCUUCUCCUGUACCCUCCCUCCCCUCCUCUCCCCUCCUCUGCAGCGCCUGCAUUAUUUUCUGCCCGCAGGCUCGGCUUGCACCACCGCUGCAGACCAGGGAGGGCUGGUAACUUGUUGUGCGGAGCGAGCGGCGGCACCAUCCAGGCGGGCACCAUGGGCACGUCCGCGCGCUGGGCGCUCUGGCUGCUGCUCGCGCUGAGCUGGGCGCCCCGGGAGAGCGGCGCCUCCGGGACGGGAAGAAAAACAAAAUGUGAACCUAACCAAUUCCAGUGCACAAAUGGCCGCUGCAUAACUCUACUGUGGAAGUGUGAUGGAGAUGAAGACUGUGUUGAUGGCAGUGAUGAAAAAAACUGUGUAAAGAAGACAUGUGCUGAGUCUGACUUUGUGUGUAACAAUGGCCAGUGUGUUCCCAACCGAUGGCAGUGUGACGGGGAUCCCGACUGUGAAGAUGGUUCUGAUGAAAGCCCAGAGCAGUGCCAUAUGAGAACAUGCCGCAUAAAUGAAAUCAGCUGUGGUGCCCGUUCUACUCAGUGUAUCCCAGUAUCCUGGAGAUGUGAUGGUGAAAGUGAUUGUGACAGUGGAGAAGAUGAAGAACACUGUGGCAACAUAACGUGUAGCCCUGACGAGUUCACUUGCUCCAGUGGCCGCUGCAUCUCCAGAAACUUCGUGUGCAACGGCCAGGAUGAUUGUAACGAUGGCAGCGAUGAGCUUGACUGUGCUCCUCCAACCUGCAGUGCCCACGAGUUCCAGUGCAGCACCUCCUCAUGCAUCCCCCUCAGCUGGGUGUGUGACGAUGAUGCAGACUGCGCAGACCAGUCCGAUGAGUCCCUUGAGCAGUGUGGCCGCCAACCAGUGAUGCACACCAAGUGCCAGGCCAGUGAGAUCCAGUGUGGCUCCGGCGAGUGCAUCCACAAAAAGUGGCGAUGUGAUGGGGAUCCUGACUGCAAGGAUGGCAGCGAUGAGGUUAACUGUCCCUCUCGAACCUGCCGACCUGACCAGUUUGAAUGUGAGGACGGUAGCUGCAUCCAUGGCAGCAGACAGUGUAAUGGCAUCCGAGACUGCGUGGAUGGUUCUGAUGAAGUCAACUGCAAAAAUGCCAAUCAGUGCUUAGGCCCUGGAAAAUUCAAGUGCAGAAGUGGCGAAUGCAUAGAUAUCCUCAAAGUAUGUAACCAGCAGCAGGACUGCAGAGACUGGAGUGAUGAACCCCUGAAAGAAUGUCAUGUCAAUGAAUGCUUGGUAAAUAACGGUGGAUGUUCCCACAUCUGCAAAGACCUAGUUAUAGGCUAUGAAUGCGACUGUGCAGCUGGGUUUGAGCUGAUAGAUAGGAAAACCUGUGGAGAUAUUGACGAAUGCCAAAAUCCGGGAAUCUGCAGUCAAAUUUGUAUCAACUUAAAAGGCGGUUACAAGUGUGAAUGUAGUCGUGGCUAUCAAAUGGAUCUUGCCACUGGCGUGUGCAAGGCAGUAGGAAAAGAACCAAGUUUGAUCUUCACUAACCGAAGAGACAUCAGGAAGAUUGGUUUAGAGAGGAAAGAAUAUAUCCAGCUAGUUGAGCAGCUACGAAACACUGUGGCUCUUGAUGCUGAUAUUGCUGCUCAGAAACUAUUCUGGGCUGAUCUGAGCCAAAAAGCCAUCUUCAGUGCCUCAAUUGAUGACAAGGUUGGUAGACAUGUUAAAAUGAUCGACAAUGUCUAUAAUCCUGCAGCCAUUGCUGUUGAUUGGGUGUACAAGACCAUCUACUGGACUGAUGCGGCUUCUAAGACUAUUUCAGUAGCUACCCUAGACGGGACCAAGAGGAAGUUCCUAUUCAACUCUGACUUGCGAGAACCUGCCUCCAUAGCCGUGGACCCACUGUCUGGCUUUGUUUACUGGUCAGACUGGGGUGAACCAGCUAAAAUAGAAAAAGCAGGAAUGAAUGGAUUUGAUAGGCGCCCACUGGUGACCGUGGACAUCCAGUGGCCUAAUGGAAUUACACUUGACCUUAUAAAAAGUCGCCUCUACUGGCUUGAUUCCAAGUUGCACAUGCUUUCCAGCGUGGACUUGAAUGGCCAAGAUCGUAGGAUAGUCCUAAAGUCUCUGGAAUUCUUGGCUCACCCUCUUGCACUAACAAUAUUUGAGGACCGUGUGUACUGGAUAGAUGGGGAAAAUGAAGCAGUUUAUGGUGCCAAUAAAUUCACUGGAUCAGAGUUGGCUACUCUGGUCAACAACCUGAACGAUGCCCAAGACAUCAUCAUCUAUCAUGAGCUCGUACAGCCGUCAGGUAAAAACUGGUGUGAAGAAGACAUGGAGAAUGGAGGAUGUGAAUACCUGUGCCUGCCAGCACCACAAAUUAAUGAGCACUCUCCAAAGUAUACCUGCUCCUGUCCCAAUGGGUAUAAUCUAGAGGAAAAUGGGCGACAAUGCCAAAGUACUGCAACUACUGUGGCUUACAGUGAGUCAAAAGACACCAACACAACAAAAAUUCUACCAACUAGUGGACUAGUUCCUGGAGGGAUCAAUGUAACCACAGCAGUACCAGAGGUCAGUGUUCCCCCAAAAGGAACUUCUGCUGCCUGGGCCAUCCUUCCCCUCUUGCUCUUAGCCAUGGCAGCAGUGGGCGGCUACCUGAUGUGGAGGAACUGGCAGCACAAGAACAUGAAGAGCAUGAACUUUGACAAUCCCGUGUACUUGAAGACCACGGAAGAGGACCUCUCUAUAGACAUUGGUAGACACAGCGCUAAUGUCGGACACACGUACCCAGCAAUAUCGGUUGUAAGCACAGAUGAUGAUUUAGCGUGACUUCUGAGACCCAUGGUGACCUUUGAGUUUGUUUAAACCAAUAACAGCCACUUUGGGAUGGUAACCGAGCCUGCAGCUGAAGUCUCUUUCUUCCUCCCAUCUGGAAGAUCAUGAAGAUAUCUUUGUGUGGAUCAAACUUGUAUACUUGACAAUUUUUAUAUUAUUUUUGUAAAUAUUCUUGUCCACAUUCUACUUCAGCUUUGGAUGUGGUUACCAAGUAUCUGUAACCCUUGAAUUUUUAGACAGUAUUGCCGCCUCUGGCCAAAUAUGCACUUUCCCUAGAAAGCCAUAUUCCAGCAAUGAAACUUGUGCUAUAGUGUAUACCACCUGUACAUACAUUGUAUAGGCCAUCUGUAAAUAUCCCAGAGAACAAUCACUAUUCUUAAGCACUUUGAAAAUAUUUCUAUGUAAAUUAUUGUAAACUUUUUCAAUGGUUGGGACAAUGGCAAUAGGAUAAAACGGGUUACUAAAAUGAAAUUGCCAAAAAAUUUGUAAACUAAUUUUGUACGUAUGAAUGAAUUCUUUGACCUCAAUGGAGGUUUACAAAGACUGAGAGUUCAAACUACUGUACAUUUUUUUCAAGUGCUAAAAAUUAAAUCAAGCAGCUUAACCAUGGUUUGUGCCUAUUCCUCUACAAUGAAUUGUUAAAAAUAGCUUAUGUAAGUAUAAGUCUUCUAGCUAAAUGUAUGAGCUGCACCUUUGUUGUAUAUCUAAGCCUAUAAUUGAGCAAGCUUCUUUACAAACAAGUACUAACUAAAGACAAGGUACCAUUUAACAUUUUCUCUUCAAAUGUUUCUCAUUUUGUAAAAGAAACUUCCUUAGUCUGUACCCAGAAUUCCUCUUGAUUAUAGAAGAGCUCCUUUUCUUAUUAAUUUGUUUUGAUCUAGAAGCAUGUUUUGAAAUUUGUAAGAAUUCUUCUGCUUCGUCCACAAUUCUGUUUUCCAUAUUCUGUCAUAUACAGAUCAAGGACAAGUGCCUUCUAAGGCCUAGGGGAGGGCUUUUUUCUUAUGGAAGUCUAUUCUGUCUUACUAGGAAAAUGCUUAGGAAGAAUAUCAACCAGCAUCACUCUUGAAUCUAAAGUGAUGGUUCUCAGUGUGGUCCCAGGUACAUCAGUAUCUGUAUCAUCUGGGAGCUUGGUAGAAAUACACAUUCUUAGGCACCAUCCCAGACCUUCUGAAUUAGAAACUCUGGGGUCGGGGCCCAGGAAUCCCUGUUUUCACAGCCCCUUCCCAUGACACUUAUAUAACCUAAAGUUUGAUAACCACUGUUCUAAGGUGACUCAUGGAGAAUAUCAUUGUAGUAUCUUCAAAAUUGUCAGCCUGGUUAGACUAGGACAGAUUCCUUCUGUAGGAAACUUCUGGAACUUUUAGUAUAAAGAGCAAAUGAGUUUGUGUAUGGUGAGGUUAGUCAUCACUUCCUUACUCUGAAGUCUCCAGAUAUCGGGAAGCAAAGGAGGAUGCGAAGGUUUAAACACUGAGAAGAUGCUGUAGGUUCAAUGUGCAGUGGGGCAUCUACUUCAGAAGAUGCAUUAAUCCAUCUGGAAUUAAUCCCAAGUGCAACAGCAAGAAGAUGAGCAGAAGAUGUCCGAGUAGGUACAAAACUCAAUGAAACAUAAUACGCCUGCAUAUGGAAUAGAAAGCAUUCUUGCUUUUGGAUUAGGUAAGGAGACGAUUAAUCAUAGAUGAAGAGGAAGUUAAUUUUGUUGUCUCAUUUGUACUCCUUUGAAAUUUUGGCCAAACAGAUGAAAGAGAAAGGCUAGACAUUGACAUUUAUUUUAUGGGGGGUAUGGAAGUCAACCAUGCAGAAGGAAAAGGCUGGAGACAUUAAGGUAGGCCUGUCUGCUGCCCACUUGUUCUGUACCUCUACGUACUCAUGAGAAUGAACAGUGAACAUACCAAUAUGGCUUGCUGACAGGGACUGGCUGAAGUGCCGAUCUGGUAAGUAGGUUGGUAUUUAUCAUAUCUGAACUCUUAAGUUCAUUUCUUUGGUGCUUUGAUCUUACUAUGGUACUAAAGCCGCUGAUUUAUUUUUUUAAUUGAAGUAAUACUAAAUUCUCUUUUAGAAGCUUAAAGAUUCCAAUGUUUUUCCCUGUUAUAAGGGUGUACAAUGUAAAUUAAUUAUAAGGCUCAAAGUCAUAGUUUUGCAAAUAAAAUAAAGCAUUAUUCUCUCCUACCUUCUUUAGGCUUACAAUCCAUUAUAUGUGUUCUUUCAAGUUAUGGAUACCAAUUUCUGACCCUGAAAGUGUCUAAAGCAUUUCAUUUUCUUUACCUUGUCCUCAGUAAAAAUCCAAGCUACAGCACCUUGUAUCUAACUUAAGAGGUACAAACUCAUUUGGAAAAAUAAAUGAGGUAACUUUAUAGUUAUAUUGAGAUAAGAAUUAAAUGCCUAGAGUGCUAGUCAACUCAGCAUGUAAUAAUAAUUCAUGAAGUACUAAUAGCCUGAGAUUUAUCACCAGAGCAAGAUUCUAAAGAAUCCUUUGUGAGAUGUGUUGGCAUAACUUUGCUGUGUCUCUAAAGCUUAAAUAUAGGAGAAGACAAUUAAAAGGUAAAAUACGAAGCUUAUCAAACACUACAUGAGUAAUUUGGAGUUAUAUGAGCCUGUUUUAGAAAAUAACUGAAAGUAAAUCCUCCAGAGAUUUUAGGAAUUACCAUAAAUAACAGAAAAAUCAACAGAUUUAUGGGCCCUAGUAAAGAAAUCCAGCCAAGUCUCUUGAAUCCAAAUUUUUAAGUAGCUUCCUUGUAAGCUGUCUACUAUUUGGAAGGAAAUAGUCCUAGUAGAUCACAAUAUGUUAUAGCUAUUUUAAAGUCUUGGUAUCAUUUCUAAGCCUCUUUCUAAGCUUCUUGAAUUCUUGGCAAAAAAAAUAUAUUGAGGCUUAAAUUUGGCACUUGCUUCUUUCUGUUCCAUGUUUUGGAAGUCUUAUGGGCCCUCUCAAAAAAUGAGAAGACUGCCUCAAAACAAUAGAACUAGGGAGCAUUUAAAGGACUAAUUCUUCAGUUAAGUACAUAGCAGAACUUGGAUCCUAAAGUGCAGGUUUUAACUGUUUUCCCUCCAAACCAAAUUCGGGGGUGGGGGGCUUCACUUGAAGAGUUUCUCUUGUAUUUUGUAGGCCAGCUGGAAUGAUUACCCAGAAUCCUUUCCAAAUGAAAUCUUUCCUCAUCAAAUAAUGUGUUACUUUAAACCCAAAGAAGCCUAUACUCUUUCUUUUAAUGCUGGUAAAAUUAUUUUUUAAAAAGAAAAGAAAAACCAGAUAUUUUUGCUAAUUUAGAUUCUGGAAUAAUCCUGAUCCCUAAAUCUGAGCCUUUCCGUUUUAUAAUCUACUGUUUUAGCCCUAAUGUUUGAGAAAACUGGAAGUUGUAUAUGCGUAGUUCAGUCAUAUUAGCUUAAAUUGUGAGAAUUUCAGAAUAAAUAGAAGUCUAGAAAAAGCUUUGGAGAUAUCUUGUUUUCAAGUAUAGGAAGAAUUAAUUUGAAGGUGAACAAUUUAAAGAGUAUUUCUUUCAAAUCUAACAUGGAUGUUCAGCUCAAAGAAGCUUCAUGUAACAAUAAUCAUCCAUAUUUUUAUGUACUUCAGUCAGUUCUACCUUCAUCAGUACGAAGCUGAAUGUAAGUCAGAAGGAGGUCCUAGGGGCCGAGUGGGAGGAUUCCUAGAUACACCAAGUCCCGUUUCCCAUGGUGUCUCCUGAAACUCAUUUUUCUAAAUCUGAUUCAUCUGAGAGACAGGAUUGAAGUUGGACUAUGUUGCAGUGUCCUGUACAUCUCCUUGCAUCCCAGGACACUAAGGCACAAGUAAGUCAGGCAGAGUGUGGGGGUUGUGGACUCUGUAGGGCAGCCUGAGUCAUCUCAAAGCAGUUUUCUGGGAGGCCAGAUAUGUGGUAGCUUGGCAGGUUAAUAAGCCCCUCUGUCAAAUGGAUGUGAUGGGGACUAUCUUGUCUACUAAUCAUAGCAAAGAUUAAGAGAGAUGCACUCAAAGAGUUUAACAUUUAUAAUGUGCAAGGCAGACAUCACUACUGAUUAUCACUAUCAAUGUAUGGUCUCUCUUUCUUGUAGCACAGUCCAGGAGCUGAUAGUGACUUUACCAAGGAGAAUUAAAGGUAACUUUACUCAAUGAGUAUAAAAUGCAUGUGACCCUGGGUCAAGUGUUUUCACUUACACCUUUCUAAUUAAGUCUAAGUAUGAAACUCAGGUAAUGAUAUCACCGUGUAUAGGCACAAAGACUUAAAGGAUUACAUGGUAAACCCUAGAAUCAUAGCUAGUAUGUGUCUGUCGGCCUUGGUCUUUUAGCUUCACUGCCUAUGCAGAGAAACAAAUAUUUAGAGCCUGCAUAAUCUUUAGUGGGCCAUAAAAACAUUUUAAGUCCCCUUUAAUUUCUUACCACAUGUUUAAUACCAUGUUAAACAAAUGCUGUCAUGUUUUGUAUUGGCUCUUCACAUCCCCGUAACAGACAAGUAUCUCUAUCUUGCUGAUGUGCAAACCAAAAGAUUCCAAACCCUAUGAGCUUACCACCCUCCUGCAGAAAAGGAUGUCAUCCUAAAAUUAAGCUAGGUAACAGAUUAUGUGUUUGUUGAGUCACCUUUACUACUGAUAUUAGGAUGCUUCAGCACUUUCCAGGUGUCUCAGAUGCCCUUCCAGUAUGAUGGGCAUGGAAAUAUAAAGCUAGCUCUACUACAUCAGGACAACACAGAGUGAUUCAGUUACAUGUCAUGCCUUUAACAUACUAGAUAUUCCAGAAUUAUGUUCCUUGUUCAUGCAAGUGAAUUAAAUAGAUUACUGGAUUGCAAAAUAAAAGAUAAAGAUUUCUCAAGGACUCUAUAGAUAUGUGCAUGAGGGUAAUAUUGGAAGAAAGCUAGUUACAAUAAAUCUGAAUCUAAAGAUUUCACAUAGGAAGAGAUGUCUAAGAAGAGAACAGGAAUGGCAGCUUUCAACUGAUAGAUAUUAUAACUAGAAUUAAAUUUUAGGCAUUCGACAAUGUACACCAAGGUGUAGGUAUUUCUAAAUUUACAUACAUGCAAAGGGAGAAACAUUUUUGGACAAAAUUAUUAGUUUUCAUAAAACUUGUGCCCUUUGUAAAUGUCAAAUUCAAUACUAAAAUGUGAUUUAAAAGCAUGCAGUGCCUCGGGAGUCCACAUUAUACAACCAAUUACCAUACUCAGGAUCUUUAGAACUCUAAAGGUGCAUGUUGGAACACGUCAUGUCCUGUUGACCUCUAGAUAAAUGUUUUCAAUUUAUUAGUGAACUGUACUUUUACCUUAAAUAAAGUUUAUUUUUAAGAUAA